GAGGUGUUUCUUUUCUCCAACAUAUUCCAUCACGAAUAAAAACCGAAUACAAAUGUAAGUAAACCUCCAUUAAGGUGAUCUAAAACAUGUUUUAACAAGUGGCCAUCGGUUUCGUCUAGUUUUGAUCUUUGCCACUGAUUUAUGUUAGAGAACUUCCGUCGCUUUGAACUUUGCCAAAAGUAAUGUUCUUUUAUUCUGAAUUCCGCCAGAAUUCAUUCCCUCUCACUAAACUUUGCCAUGGUUGACUCUCCCAGAAAAGAAAUUCUGUUUUGUUUUGAAGCGACCACAUCUCUUUUACUUUCACUUUUGCAAAGUUAUUAUUACCUUUGAGCAUGUUUUAAAUGGAAGUGAAGCUUAAGUUUUUUCACUUUGAACACAAUUUGUGGAUGAAUGACAAGUCCAUCCUUCUAGUUAAUGAGUAUUUGAGUAGACACAUCUAUGAGACGCACCGUACAAGCCUUUACCAUUAUCAGUUGUGGUGAAUUCAUGGCCAAAAUAUAGUGAUAUGACUGGCCAUCGAGGCAAGCACAUUUGAAUAAUAGAAAACCUCCGGGGUUUUAAGAUGAGGAGACAGAAAUGUUAAGAACACUUUGAAUUCAUGCGAAGCAGACUUUGCCUGUUGGUUGGAAACGUCUCGUGGUCAUAUUAAUCUUCAUAUUUGGCGCACAGACUGAAUCCUAAGAAGAACUCUUGAGGACCUUACAAACUAUUCCAAGUGACAAGCCGUUUGAAUGUAUAUGGUUUGGCCAAUGGAAACCACGGACAAAUGGAAAUGGAUCAAAACCAGUUCUUGGAUGAUUUUAUUCAUGGUUUUUGCAAAUCAAACUUGGAAAGAGUGGAAUCGAUUUAAAAAGUCGCCAAAAACUACAACCAUUGAGUACAAGGAAGUUACAUCAUUCGAUCUCCCAGAUAUUUUCUUGUGUGAUCGAUCUGGAUUUAAAGCCUCUGUCACGAAACAUUUCGGUGAAAAUGAGUAUCACCCCAAUGUCAAUUUGGUCGAUGCAAGUAUAGAUUUGUUUCUUUUGAAUCACACAAAAUAUAGGGUUAUAGAUCUACCCACUUCAUAUAAUGGUCUUUGUAAGUUGUUCAAAUUCGACUUCAGGCUCGAACCCAUGACCUGGAUUGCACUUCGUGCGAAUGAUACAGGAACUUAUGAUCUAUUUCUUAAUCGCAAAGACUUGGAAUUACAUUUCGUCAAUCAGGAUCAAAUGUUUGCUCCUUUAUGGUUCAAGAUGGAUUCCACAAUGUGUCUUGAGCUUGAGAUGACAACCUAUCACGAAGACACAGACUUGAGUACUUGUGCUGAUGUCACAACCAAAGCACAUGGACAAUGCAUCCUUAAUGUUUUGAGCGAAACCUUAAUGAAACAUCAACUGGAAUGUGUGCCUAUUGUAUUUGCAGAAUUAUUAACAAACUUAACGAUUCCUAUUUGCCAGGAGAGCAAACAAGCUAUCAAAACAUUGGACGAGAUCAGCCUCUCUCUGAACGAUAUUCUUCGUAAUCUGAAUUCAAGGGGUUGCAAAAGACCAUGUCAUGACACUGCUUUUAAAGGGAAACCUAUUUAUGCCUCACCAAAUGGUAUGAUGGGCAAAGACGGGUACUUUAGUGCAUACAUCUAUUACGCGCAUAACAUGGCCGAAACCCGAACGAUAUAUAGUCUUGUUGACUUUCCGACGUUUCUUUCUUCGAUGGGUGGUUUCUUGGGUUUGUUUCUUGGAGCAUCUGCUUACUCAAUUAUUCAAGACAUAAUGCAAAUCUCGGUUCUGACGUGGAAGAGAAUAAAAUGUUGGAAAUAGGCCAGCAGAAA